CGGGCUCCCCAGUGACAAGCGUCGGUGUCCCUUCGUGCCAAGGAGGGAAUUUCAGCUGAGCAUGCUCAGACACAUGGGAGGCACCAGACUAUCAAAACUCCUUCUGAGAAGCGAGGACGCGUCUACGAUCUCAAUGCUGCAAAUCUACAGCUCUUUCCUCUGACACCGGACACCUCUCGAGCGCACACCGGCUGCGAUGUGGCUCCUACUUCAUGUCAUCCUUCUGACAGAGGUCAAAGAUUUUGCCCUGGCUGACAGCAGUAUGGUGGCUCCUCUGUGCCCCAAAGGGUAUUUUCCCUGUGGGAAUCUCACCAAAUGCUUGCCCCGAGCCUUUCACUGCGAUGGCGUGGAUGAUUGCGGGAAUGGUGCCGACGAGGACCACUGUGGUGACACUAGUGGAUGGACAACCAUAUUUGGCACAGUCCAUGGGAAUGUCAAUAAAGUGACAUUGACACAGGAGUGCUUUCUCAGCCAGUAUCCACAGCACUGUCACUGCAGAGAAAAUGAGCUGGAAUGCGUGAAGGCCGACUUAAAAACUGUGCCAAAGGUUUCCAGCAACAUAACAUUACUAUCUCUUAAGAAAAACAAAAUUCACAGUCUCCCAGUCAAGGUCUUCAGCAGAUACACAGAACUCAGAAAGAUAUACCUUCAGCACAACUGCAUCACACACAUCUCUAGGAGAGCAUUCCUUGGAUUACAUAAUCUACAAAUACUGUAUCUCAGCCAUAACUGCAUUACCUCUCUCAGGCCUGGGAUAUUCAAAGACUUGCAUCAGCUCGCUUGGCUAAUUUUAGAUGACAACCCGAUCACCAGAAUCUCACAGAAGUCCUUUACGGGAUUAAACUCCUUGUUUUUCUUGUCCAUGGUGCAUAACCGGCUCGAGGCCCUUCCUGAAAGGCUGUGUGCUCAGAUGCCUCAACUCAACUGGGUGGAUCUGGCAAACAAUGGAAUAAAGUACGUAACGAACUCCACCUUCCUAACGUGCGACUCACUCACGGUUCUGUUUCUGCCUAGAAAUCAAAUUGGUUUUGUUCCAGAGAAGACAUUUUCUUCAUUAAAAAAUUUAGGAGAACUGGACCUGUCUAGCAAUAUGAUAACAAAACUCCCAGUCCACCUUUUCAGCGACCUUCAUCUUCUCCAAAAGCUGAACCUGUCGUCCAACCCUCUUCUGUGUGUCCACAAGAACCAGUUUGGAAGUCUCAAACAACUUCAGUCUCUAGACCUGGAAAGGAUAGAGAUUCCAAACAUAAACACAGGAAUGUUCCAGCCCAUGAAGAACCUUUCUCACAUUUAUUUGAAAACCUUUCGAUACUGCUCCUAUGUCCCCCAUGUCCGAAUCUGUAUGCCGUUGACUGAUGGUAUUUCUUCGUCUGAGGACCUCUUGGCUAACAGUAUCCUCAGAGUGUCUGUCUGGGUUAUAGCUUUCAUUACCUGCGUUGGGAAUUUCCUUGUCAUAGCCGUGAGAUCUCUCAUUAAGGCUGAGAAUACGACUCAUGCUAUGUCCAUCAAAAUCCUCUGUUGUGCCGACUGCCUAAUGGGGGUGUACCUGUUCUCCGUGGGCAUCUUUGACAUCAAGUACCGAGGACAGUAUCAGAAGUAUGCGCUGCUGUGGAUGGAGAGUGUGCCCUGCCGUCUGCUGGGCUUCCUGGCCACACUGUCCACAGAGGUCUCGGUGCUGCUGCUGACAUUCCUGACCCUGGAGAAGUUCCUGGUCAUCGUAUUCCCUUUCAGCAACCUGCGCCUGGGCAAGCGCCAGACUGCCGUGGUCCUCGCCAGCAUCUGGGCGGCGGGAUUUCUCAUAGCGGCCGUUCCCUUCACUAGCGAGGAUUAUUUCGGCAACUUUUAUGGGAAAAAUGGAGUCUGCUUCCCACUUCAUUAUGACCAAGCAGAAGAUUUUGGAAGUAGAGGGUACUCCCUUGGGAUUUUUCUAGGUGUGAACUUGCUGGCUUUCCUCGCCAUCGUGAUUUCCUAUGUCACCAUGUUCUGCUCCAUUCAGAAAACAGCCCUUCAGACCGCAGAAGUGAGGAGCCACAUCCGGAAGGAGGUGGCUGUUGCAAACCGCUUCUUUUUUAUCGUGUUCUCUGACGCCAUCUGCUGGAUCCCUGUGUUUGUCGUUAAGAUCCUGUCUCUCCUUCAAGUGGAGAUACCAGGCACAAUCACUUCCUGGAUCGUGGUUUUUUUCCUUCCGGUGAACAGCGCCUUAAACCCCAUCCUCUACACUCUGACCACCUCCUUUUUUAAGGACAAGUUGAAACAGUUGCUGCACAAACACCGGAGGAAAUCCAUCUUCAAAGUUAAGAAGAAAAGUUUAUCCGCUUCCAUUGUGUGGACAGACGAGUCUUCACUUAAACUUGGAGUGUUGAACAAAAUAGCCCUUGGGGACAGUAUAAUGAAGCCGGUCUCCCCGUAGAGGUUUUGGAUUGCUGGACUUUGAGGGUACUACCUAAAACAGGGUACAAUCUGGGGAAGAUGGUAUCUGAGAAGGUUUCCAUCUUGGCCAGCAGCCACUCGCUCAGCACCAGGGACACAGUGGAAUGGCUGU